UUCGUGCUCAACUCAAAUAUAGUUUCUUAACAACAAGCUAUUAGUAACGAGAUUGCAUUUACUCUUCGACUUCAUCCUCCUUUGAUCCCUUAUCACUUUACAGCCAACAAACCCGACAGUUGUCACAGUUCUGGAGUCACGUGGCUAGAAUAUGCACGUGACCUGUGACCUCUAUAUAGUACGCAUUCCUACUUCUACUCGAAGGACCAGCCCUCGAAAGCUCCCCGAAAUCCGCUACUAUCGUACGCCUGCGAGAAUGAGUGCUCAACGCUCCUCUAUCGAAGACGUCGCCCCUCAGGACGACGUACCCUCCCUAAGACCCUCAAUCGAAGGGCACACUCACACCCUCACGCCGGGUGCCCCCUCUCGGACUCCUCAAACAAGUCCCUUACGCCAACCCCUCUCUGCUGACAUUGUAGAUGACGACCCCGAGUUCCUUGCUUUGAUCCAAGCAGCCCGCCAACAGCUUAUACGAGAUAGGACUACUCGCGCUAGUACUAUUACGGAUAACUCUCCCGCUAUGAACUCCGACUUGAGACAGGCUCGGCCCGUCUCAAACGCUGCUUUGGACGAUUCCUUAAGAGACUCUUCCUCAGACAGCGACGAUCUAGUCAAUCCCUAGCCUCAAGAUCCCUCUAUGAGACGGGCCAGGAAUAAAAUCCCUGCCCAAUUGACGCCGGCCCCUCGUACCAACUCUGUUGCACUAGCACUACGCAUCAACCAUCGUUUCCCGGACCCACUUUUAUUCGAUAAUGGAGAAGACCCCACUUUCGACUCUUAGAUGAUCGACUUGGAUGCCAAGCUUGAAGCCUCCGGCUAUAUGGAGGCUGGCGUCACUGAAAAGCAGCGAAUGAGUUAUGCCCUCAGCCGUACGACUGGAGAGGCCAGAGCUCAACUGCUUACC